AUGAACUUUUUAAAGGGUAUAGUUGAUGGUAUACUCUCUGAGGAUGUGAGCGAGUCCGCAAAUAAGCCGAAAUUCAGCAGAGUUGUCGAUAGCGAUGAUUCUGAGACUCCAAACGCAACGGAAAGUUAUUCACAUCGCACAAAAACGACCCAUGGUGUUUUCAUUAACAAUGUGAUAGAGCAACUUGGUCAUUUGUACCAGUCUGAGCGCGACAAGUGCCUAGAAAGUCUGGUUGUACGUUAUGGAGAAGGUUGUGUACAGCAAUUGUCCCAAAUGCUGAGGACUAACCACGAAACGAUUUUGAUUUUGACUCAACAACUGGAAAAUAAUAUCGCUGCAUUACGAGAUGUAAAUAGAAAGAUCGAAUCCGCGGCGGUUCAGCAGCUGCAGCUUAGGAAUGAGAAUGACAAGCUCCAACACAAAAUACAGCUCCUAAACACCGAGAAUAUGAGUUUAAAGUCACAACUUACGCAGUCAGACAUCACAAUCAAGUCAAAAGACUCACACAUUGCUAGGUUGAAUGAAAUAAUUUAUGAUGGUAAAUGCACCUUCGAGAGUAUGAAGAGACGUUGUGGAGAGUUUUACAGAUACAAGACAGAAAUUGACGAACUUAAAAAGAAGCUCGAGUUGGCUGAGGGCCACAUUGAGAUGUUAAAACAAGAAAGGAACCAAUUUUGGAACAAUACCAGUCUGAAAGUGACUGAUGAGAUUGUUAAAAAUAGAAUCGCAAAUGCUUUGGAGCGGCAGGAUAAGGCAAUUGCCAUUGCCAAACUUAUGGCUUCGCAACCCUUAAAUAUGGGCUCAUUUUUCAGGUAUACUCCGAAGCGAAUGCAAACGAAAUAUAGGGCUAGUGAAAGUGAUGCAGAAGACGAUUUACAAGAAUCUGGACAGGAAUCGCCAAAGAUAUACAAUGGACCCCUUUGUGAAUUAAAAUCAAGGGUUGAAAGUUUAGAAGAUGAGAACGCACAUUUGAAAGAGAUAAAUGACGAUUUACACACGAUGUAUGCAGAUUUAAGUAAAAGCUGCAUGGACAUCAAGAGAAACUUUUUGCAAGAAUCCAUAGAUUCCUUGACUUCAUUUCUUCCACAAAGAACUACGCCAAUACAGUUGAUUUUUGUACAACCUACAGGAGUAUUGGAUUUGGAAUUUGACACAAAAAUACUCUCUGAUAGUUCAAAUUCCCUUUUAAAGCAAAAUUUGGCUGCAAGUACUUCAAAAAAUACACCUCUGCAGGAUUUCACUAAUGAUAAUACCGGAGUUGUUGUUGACGAUAGGAAACCUUUGGCUGCAGAAAGUCGAAUUGUUUCUAUAGACGAGGAAAAUAAAAGGAAAUCAGCUGCGUGGGAUACCGAUUGGGACUUUUUCGAAGAGGUUAGCAGUCAACCAAAUGUUGAAACUAACAAAGAGAAUGCUAGUGGAGAAGGUGAACACGGGGAUAUAGAUCGUAACAUUGGUAGUUAUGAAAGUGCUGUAAGUUUUGAAGACACUAAAGCGGCUUCUGUUGAUAAACUUGAGAAGAUCGAUGAAUUGGUACAGGUGGAUUCUCCUGUAGGAACAAGGCUCUACACCGACGGAAAGUUUUCAGCAGAAACUGCAUUGCUAGUAGACCUUGGAUCACCUGUAAGAGGAAAUACUAUAGAUAAACCAUCAUUUGAAGGGGAACCAUCUACCGAUGACAAAUUACCAAAGGCAGAACCAUCAAAGUCGAAUUCAGCGUGGGAUAACAUUGAUUUUGAUGAUGAAAUGUUUAAUGAAUAA